GCUACCGGUUCAGAUGAUACGGCCACGCGCGAGUGUUCUAUACCUUUCAGCGACAUCUCCAGAACGGAUACGGCUGCUCCCGAUUGUAUUUUUUUCAGCAUCCGGAUAACAGGAACAUUCAGUCCACCGACUGCAUUGUCGCUGCGAUGCAUCUUGUCUAUUCUUGCACCCGUGGGACCACUCAGGCUCGAUUCGUUUUCUCCUUCUUACACCAGCGAUGAGAAAGAUGGUUUGUUUGGAUUGCGAUGUUGUGGAGGGUCGGUUGCCGACGAAGAGGAGAAAGUGUCCCCUCCAGACGUGAUGAUAUCAAGAGGAAAAUCCUGACCGGUCCGCCGGCCGCGUAAUCAGCAUCAAGUUCUUUUUCUAAUCCGUCCAUCCACGCCCGGAUACAGCCAUGUCGUACUCCCAGUUUGGUUACACAUAUCCUUCAUCGUCUCAGAUCCUGGUUAGCGGUCCGGGCCCUAUGUCCCCUUGCUGUCAGCCUUCAGGCGGCGUGCCGGAGAGCGGCCACGGCUCCCCGCCGCAGACGGCCGCCGUCUGUAACUUGAGCGCCGCCUACGACUCCCGCCUGCUCUCCUCCUUCCCUCGCCUGGCCACGGGGUUCGGCCUCUACGGCUCUUCGUACGCCGAGCAGGGAUACAUAUCGACGCUUGCCGGAACCAAUCCCUCAGCCUUCUACUCCUCCUUACCCAGCCCUUACGAUCUGAAGGAGUCUCGCACGACCUGGACCGCUCUUCAACAAACACCAACACCCGGCUGCUAUCCUUACGAUCCCAGUGGACUCGCCUCUUGUGGACCCUACGCAGACAGGUACAGCUCAAUUGACAGCGUCGCGCGGCGGAAGAAUGCAACGAGAGAAACCACCAACACUUUGAAAGCGUGGUUGUAUGAACACCGAAAGAACCCAUAUCCUACGAAAGGAGAGAAGAUCAUGUUAGCUAUCAUCACAAAAAUGACAUUAACGCAAGUGUCAACAUGGUUCGCCAAUGCCCGUCGCAGGUUGAAGAAAGAGAACAAAAUGACUUGGGAACCCAGGAAUAAAACCAGCGAAGGGGACGAUCGGGACAGUAUCUCUCCCCGAGACAUCAAAUCGGAUGACAACACUGAAGAUUGUACAGACAGCAAUCUUCCCGAUUUUUUAAAGCAAGAACCUGGUACUUUUGCCAAUAAACAUGACUUUUCGACUCAGUUCGAGGGCGGGCGAGUGGAAUCUAAGCCUCAGUCUCAGACUGGGAAAGAAUGUCUGUCUUUUGGAAUGGAUUGUUACCGAGUUCAAGCUCAUUCAUCUGAAGAUUCUGUAACUUCUGAGUCUCCAAGCCCUGCUCGUACCUUAUCUUUACAAAAUUCUUGCUACGGCGCCACGCAGUCAAGGUUUGAACCGAUGAAAGGCGAUCAAAAAGAUUCAAUGUUUUGUCCAGCAGAUGAAACUGGACCAUCAUUCGGUUCAGCCCCAAGCAACAAUAGGCCUAAGAUUUGGUCAUUAGCCCGUACUGCCACUUCAGACAGCCCACCCAUGAUUCGCAGAUCUCUAUUCCCUUGCCACGUCGAGUUUUGUUCAGAAAGUGGACAAAAAGAAGAGGAUAACAGUGCGACAGGUAAGGUAAAGUCCACGCCUCUGGCAAGUGGUAGCUGUUCUCUUCCUUAUGCUAAUUUCACUCCGGAUCGGACUAGCGGUGUGGCGAUGAGGAAACAUCCCGUGGACGAUAUGUGCUGUGACAGAUCUAUGUAUUCUCUGCUGCCUAGUUGUGGUGUUCAAGCAAAAUGCGAGACAACGGACUGUAUAACUACGGGAAACAGGGGAUCAUGUAUGAUGGACAAUCAAACCCAUUACGCCACCACUGAAUUCCCACCAAAUCUCGUUGAACGAUCGGAACAUUACACUUAUGAGGGUAAACAGUUCAAAAAAGAUGUCAGCGCGAUGUGUUUUCCACCAGUUAAAUGCCAGUCAAUUGACAGUUCGGAUGUAGGCACGCAGAACUCAGCUCCUGAAAAGCUAACGACGCCUCAUCCUUCUGGAUUACUGCAAUACUCAGAUGGCGAUACGUCGACUAGAACAGAAUUCUUCAGGGGAAGAACAUUCAAUCAAACUCUUCAAGAAGAAACAGUGCAUGAGUGUCAUACCGUUCACAAAAGCACAACCAAUCAGGACGUUUCUACGCCCAAUCAAAUGAUUGAUGCGGGUCCGUUAUUAAGGCGAGAUGACUGUUAAUUCGGAACUGAAAAGAGUAAAGAAAGUGUAGAGUCUGCACAUGGCAGGAAAAAGGGAUUUUCUUUUAGAGGGCUAACUUGUUUGCAUAAUUUUAAAAGUUUUGCGAAGAAACAAACAAAUAAAUGAACAAAAUAUAAGACUGGUUAAUUAACAUUCUCACUCUUUAUGGGUAAAAUAGAUGUUGUCAUUUAAGUAAAAUAAACACAUUUCUAAGAAUACUAAUACUCAAAUAGUGUAUUCCAAAUACUGUAUUUAAAUAUAACGUUUGGAAAAUUCUUUUGUGGUAGGUAACUUAAUAUACUGAACCUAAGUUCCUAACUUUAUACUAAUGCUCAGAGUAUGGCUACUAGUCGUUAAUUAUAUUUCUUAUUAUAUUGAAUUUUUUAAUUUUAUGUCUUCAUUCGUUCCAGAUUUUAAUUUAAUCGUAUUCUAAAGGAAAUAAAUUUUAUAUUUAUAUUUUCAAAGAAAGUAUAUUUCCAAAAUAUCCCAACUGAAAGAUAUGAAGUAGUAUAAAAUGCGCUUGAUAUAAUUAUCAUCCCUUUUAAUGCGAAUUCUCCCAUCAAAGUUGUCUUGUAUUUUGUACGAUUAUUAAACAUUAAAAAAAUAAGCAUUCAUACGGGUUAUUAAUUUAAUAAAAAUAAUAAUUUCCAUGAUAAUUUGCCUACUUCUAGAUUACCAACUUUAGUUCGGUUAAGUUACCAAACAACAAGAAAUUAAAAAUAAAAAUAAUAAUAAUAAUAAUAAUAAUAAUAAUAAUAAUAAAAUAAUAUAAUGCGUUUUAUACAUCGAGUACAUAAAAAUCUUUACCCGACACUUUAUUUUUACGACAGCUAGUCAUAGCUACUGUUGGUCGUAGGUCUUUAAUUUUGUGACUGUUGGUCCAAUUACAAAAAUGGCUUAAAUAAAAUCAAUAAUUUAUUCCUAUAUUUUUAAAGUUAAAAAAAAAAUUUGUAAAAAUUACGAUGUCUAACUUUUAUACGGUUCUUAGUUCUUGAAUUUUAUUUAGAAAAAACAUAUACUUAUUCUAAAACAUAAAAUAUAAAAACGUUUGACUUCCAUACGAGAAUAACUGACCGAGAAUUUCAAAUUAUGGAAUUACUUUAAAUUUUUGAGUGCCCAAAACAGUUAUUACUGCAGAUUAAAAUGCAAAGUAAGCUAAUUCAAAGUUGAUUUUUUUUUUCUGUUUAACGCCAUUCAGUGAUAUUCCUUUGUCAUUUACGUGUGUGCAAAAUCCUUUAGCUUAUAAUUUAUAGUAUUACGCUUGAUAGCAUUUUUACAGAAGUUCUGAAAUAUAUUGAUAAUAUUCGCAUGCAAUUUUAUUAUUUUAGGAUCAUAAUUUAACAGUCAUACAGAAAAUUCUUUGGACUAAGAAAUAUUUUUCAUUUUUAGUUUAUGCAAAUAAUAUUACCCUUUGGCUAUGAGCCAAUACUUGAAGCCUUCUUCUGUAUACUAGAGUGCGAAUUCUACAGAAAACUGUGAAUAAAAUCUUCUGUUUGAAAAUCAUUUGAAUUGAACAAAUUUUUUUAGGGCAAUCUGCAUGUCAAUGUUUGCCAUUAACAUCAGAAACCAUCUUCUAAAUUGAUAUUUCUUUUCUAAUUCCAUAUAAAUAUAUUUAGUUCUUAAAUUUGUGUACGACUCCUCAGUUUUCAGAAAAUAUGAUCUCAAACUUUAAAAUUAAGUUAAAUAUGCAGUCAAUUUUUGUUGCAUGUUUGUCAAACCUUCUGCAUUUUAUUUUUAGGUGUAAACUAUUUGCGACUAUAAGGACCAGGGUCUGUAUGAAAGAUUGGAUUUCAGAAUCUACUAUUUAGCUGGUUAUUCACAAAAAAAAACUUAAAAUUAAAAUUGCUACAAUAGGAAUAUUUGACUUAAUCUAAAACAUUUUUGUAAUUAGAAAUAUAUGCCUUCGAUCAAUGGUUGCGAAAAUAAAGGCCACAUAAGAACAUUUUUGACACCGUAUAUUAUUUAAUUAUAAGAAACAAAACUUUUAAUUGGGAUAAAAUGUGUUUCUUUUAAACAUGUUUAACUUAAUAGGUAUUUCUGUCUACUAAUUAUAAUGCACAAUGACUAAAAGCUACUUAAUACUAGCCUUAAUCUUGAUUAAAGUUCCAGUAAAUACAAAUUCUAAAACUCUUUUUAUUUUGUAAGUUGUAGUUCAAUCUUAAGCAUUUCAGCAGUUACUGUGAAAUUUAUGCAGUCUUAAAUCCGUUUAGUUUUGCAAAGAUUUCAUCCCGGUGAUAUAUUAAUUCAUAUUAUAAAUAUUAUCAUGAUUACUUUGCUUUACAGUGAUGUGUCGUAUUUGCUUAUAAAAGUGCAAUUCAUGGUUUUCGUGUUGAAGAUCUUACUUAGUUGUACCAUAAAAUAUCUGAUAACCCUACUAUUUCGUAAUUGAGAAAAUAUGUAUAUCAGCUCAGUUUUUGUAAAUUUACAAAAAUAAGAUUGUAUAACACAGAUUAUGUAAAAUAAUAGGAAUAUUUUUCUACGUAAUCUGUGCCCCUUCUAAAAUUUCAAGCAAUAUAAAAUAUUUCCCUUGGAAUCAUUAUGUAAAACUAUCAUGUACAUAAAUAAUCAGCAGCAGAUAAUUUUUAGCUUCUUCAUAAAAAAAAAUCAUGAAUAAAUAUAAAGCCUUGGAAUUUAAAAAUUUGUCAUCUUAUAUUCUACUUAUAUGUCUAAAAUUUGUAUAUGAUACAAUUUUAUGUCACGAGAAACUUUCAAUACUAUGUCUAAUUUAUCUAAAACAAUAAAUUUUUAUUUAAUAAAUAAAUUAUCACUUAGAAAAAAAUCCGACAUGUCACAUAAAACUGACUCUAGGGAUAUUUUUCUUCUGUAAAAAUGAUUCAAAAAUCGCUUUAAGUUGGUGAAUUAGAUUUUCUAGAGGCGUUUCACAUCCAUAAAAAAUUUCUCUACGUUAGUCAUUGACUUAAAUUUUAACUUGUUUUUUUCCACUCAUCUAUAAACAGGAAAUCACCGAAUGAGCAGCUGUUCCGUCUAAAAGAACUUCAGCUUCAGCUUCUUCCGCUCAUUUAGCGGCUUUUAUUUAAAAAAAAAAAGUAAUAGAAUACCAUUACAAAUGCAAAACUAUUAUCAUACAGAUUAUAAACCCCUUUUAUGACUGCUACUUACGUUAAUAAAAUUAAUAGGUACAAAAAAUUAUAAAUAAAAAUGAGAAUUAUACUGCUUUGAGACUGUUGCUGUUCAUAACAAGAUAGUUCGUUAGAGUCUGAAGCUUCUGGAAGAUAUUUAUUCCUGAGAAUUUGGUGAAACCAUUCACGAGCACUGGUUGUUGUACAGGGCUAAACAUGUAGAUCUUUGGUCAUUUGACCCUGAAACAAGUAGUGGUCUAAUGUACCUGGUAAGCCACAAAUGCAGCUGUCUGUCUUAUGUAGCCCAAAACGAAAUAAGUAGGCCACAAAAGAUCCAUGCGCUGUCAGAAGCUAAGUCACUGCACUGUUUGUAGAAGCUAAUUUACGUGAGGAGAUGGGUAAGAAGGUAAAUGUUCUUCAUCCAGUGACUUCUUGUACCCAUCUAUGAACAAAACAUUUCUGAUUCCAUUUUCGAUUCCUGACGGCACCAGUUGCUUUAUUCCGUUAUUUUUUUCUUUUCUGUUUCAUUAUAAAGAGCGUCGUGGUUAGCUACUAGCAUUUCAUUGCAUUUUCCAAAAUGUUCGCGAAAAUUCUUUAUUCUUUUUGUCUAUUUGUGGAACACGUCUUUAAUUUAAUUGCAGCUAAAGAUUGCAGUAAUUUGAAGACCUGAAAGCGUUUCUGCUAAAGUAAAAUGUAUACAAAUUAUUUUUAGUUUCCAUAAAAUCAGUAUAUUUACUUAUUUAUUACGUGGAGCAUAAAAACAAUGGGGUUAUUCAUGAAAAGAAAAAAAAAAGUAUAUUGUGAAAAAAUGUUCCUUUAUACAUUUCUUCACACAAUGAACCUCAUUUAUGUUCUAAUUCUAUUCGGAACGCAUAACUGUGUUUUUAAGGUUUCGAGUUUCUUCAUUUAAACAAUUAACAAUUUCACUUCAAGUUUAAAUAUCAUAGAAAAAAAGAGACAGUAUCGUUAAAGAAUUUGAGAUGCUAAACAGAACUCAUCGAAUUUGAUUCCCUUUCGAUGAAUGCAUCGAAUUUCAGGUGCCAAUUCAUUUUAGAAAGAUACAGAUCAUUUGACCAAAAAUAAAAAGUUACUGUAUGGGAUUAUAAAUUCUGGUUAUAAAUCUGGUUUCGAAGUUACAUCUUCUGAAAUCCAUUCCUUGUUUUGGGCAAUCAAAAAGUGCAUAUAAUGCUGUCUGACAAAUAAGUGAAGAAAUAAUGUUCAAAACCCUUUAUCAUAAUUUACUGAAUACUAUGCACAUUAUCAGAAAGCAUUUUUUAAAUGGCAGUUUUAUCGUGAGAAUUAAAAAAUAGCACUAAGUUUGAGGAAAAACAUGAUGUCCACAAAUUCUUUAAUCAAUAUUUCUUUGAUGUUGUAGAAGAAAAUGAGCAUUGCUUUGAUUCUAACUAAGGCUCACGAAAUUUCUGUGGCUUUCAGAGAUUUUUAGUACCCUAUCGUUUAAAAUAAAGUCAUAUCAGAAUAACCAUGCCUAAUCGCUUGUAACUAUAUUAAUCAAGAAUCUUCGGCAUUUUUCACCGGAAGCAGUCAUACCAUUUAAUAAUGUAAUAUGGACAUGUCCAAUCUGAUUCAUGCCAUGCUCUAAAAAUCAAUCCAGAGCUAUGAUUUUGAAAGCAACUUCUUCGCUUCACACUCUAUAUAUGAAGAAACUCAUUCAUUUGCAGUUCUUUAUUUAGGUAUAUAUUAUUAAUGCUUUCUUUCUUCUCUUGUAAUCAGUCUCGUUUUCAGUCCAAAAUUGUCGUGUUGAGAAAAAUACAGUCUUUAAUUUAAAAAAAAAUCUAAGUAUCUGCAAAAAAUCAGUCGUUCUGAAUGAAAUGCUUUGUAAAAAAAGAAACGAUAUGCAAUUCUAUAAUAGUUAUGAUAAUUUAUAAAGAAAAGUUAUAUAAAAAUGUAAAUCAUUAGUAGGCCCAAAUUUGACUUAACUGAAAGCAGUUAUUCGGUAUGAAGUUGAUGCAAGAAUUUCUCAGAUCGUGUAUUAAGGGAUAACAUCGGAGAUAUCGUUUAAUUUGCUAGGAAUACUUGAGGAAUAGUUGAGACUGACGUAAAUAACAUUCCACCAAAGCUCAAAAGUGUUCUAGAUUAGAGUAUGUGACUGACUAACGGUGUGUUGUCAGUAUCACGAAGACAAUCCAUUGUAUACGUAAACAAGAAGGAAUUAUCUAAGUGGAAGUUACACCAUAAUAUAUGAUAAAAUGAAACAUAACAAUUCCUAUAAAUUCAUUUACGUACCUUUCUGCUGUGAAAGUGCUACAAAUAAUUUUCAAAAGAUCCAGGUUUCAAACGAAAUGGUCACCCAGUACGCUUUACUUGAGGAGAGAUUGCCGCUCAGUAGUUACGAUAAGAUUAGAGCGCUGGCCAGUUCAUCUCCGGAAACGAAUGAAAAAAAAUAGAAUAGAUGGUUGAAUAGUUCAGACACGGAGAAUACUGACUGUAUUAUGGUAGUCGGCAAAAUGAACAUAUAUAAUAUGUUUUCCGCUGUCAUAGUUGUCUAACAAUAGUCCAGGUGAUCAUUUCAGUACUUAUAACAUGAUAAAUAGCUGAUUAGUUAUACAUUCAAGACUAUUCAUGUUGUUUUUACGCCUGAUCUUAUUCCGUUGUCCUCUUUAAGAGUGUACUGCCUGGUUGACGCUGUUUCCUGUCUCCUGGAUCCACUGCUUCCAGUAUCAUCCAAUGGCAACACCUAUCCGAUCCAAAAGUCGAAGAGUAAAGUAAUUUGAUCAACUCGCCCUUUUUCAUUUGUAUGACAGAUCAACUUUAAAACGCUCCAAUUUCUUCGUAUAGAACAAAAAGUCAGCGUCAACGCAUUUCUAUAAUAAACGAAGAAGAUAAAUGCAAUCAGCUUUUUUUUUUAAUGUUUAAAUCCUCAUGAGCGAAUACUUUAUAACAUCUUCAGAAGCAGUUUUUGUGCUGGCGCAGCAAUUAUUGCAACUACUGCUAUCCCUGGGCAAAGAAACUUGAACCAUUUUAUCUUCGGUCUUAUCCUAUCUGCAUAUAAAAUUUAAUUGAAAUCUGGCAAAAUUUUCCGGAUACUUCUCCCUCUUCCGGCCUUUAUUUUAUGAGCUGUAGAAUUCCUAAAGAAUUCAAUUGUUUAAUGCAACCUUUUCAUUUCCAAACAUUAAUGUUUGCAUUUGCAUGACAUAAUGAGCCUGAAGCAGAUAUUGACACUAUUUUAAAAUGUUUUACUCAAUACUUCGAAAAACAUAAUUAUAAAUCAUCGUUUCAUUUUACCGUAUAUCCUAAAAUUUUGACGGAAACAAUUUAUACAUUCUAUACAUGUUUUUCACACCAAACGACAAUUUUUAAAUUCCUAGGCUUCAAGAAAUAUAUUAUUUAUGUCCCUACCCUAUCGUACCUAACUCAGCUGCAAUCUGGCAUGGAUUAAGAAAUAUCUUACACAAACAGUAUACAAAAAUAUUUCCAAAUAACCAAAGCAACUGAAAAGAAAACUACAUAACGUGUAUCACACGUACAUAACAUCCUGAAAGGCAACUAAAGCAUAAAAAAAUUUACAACGUUUAAUAAAGCAACAGAAUUGGGCAUUUUAAAUUUUAAAUCCUGCAUAAAAUUAAAACAUAAUAAUUUGAUGAAUGACGAGAUUUUAGACGUGAAUUAUGGAGCAAAUACUAAUAAAUUUAUACAUAUUUCUUCCAAAUAAUAAUUCCUACAGUCAGCUCUCGAUUUAUCGGGGCUGAUUGGCCGGGCCCUGUUUAAAAACAAUUAAGUUUAUUUGUUGCAGAACAAUGGAAAAUUACCGUCAAAACCUUCAGUAUAAAACAGAAAAAUGUUUAUGGAAAAUAUAAAAAGGAAAAGCAAAAUGCAUCGGAGUUUUUUUGUACUAAUUUAAUUUACAUAAAUGAACUUAUUCUCUAAAUUAAACCGCUGGAGAAUUGGUAAAUCGUUAAUAAUAACUUUCUUUUAGUUAUAAUGUGAAUCAUUCCUCUUCUCUAUGUUCAUUUAACUGCCUUCGGAAUAACAAUGACUUUGAAUUAAACGUAAUCAUAGUUUUCGGUAUUAAAUUGGUAAAUCGGGUUUCAAUAUGCUUUUUUAGGUACAAUCAGCUCCCGAUUUACAGAGGUAAUACCGAGGAUGGUAUCCACAUUAAACUCAAACCACAGUUAAUGCCAGGGCAAAUAAGAACACAGAGGAAUAACACAUAUAAUAAUUAACAAAAAUUAAUAUUAAUAAGUUACCUGUAUUUUCAAACAAUUUAAUUAGUUAAACGAACCUAUUGUAUAACAUCAGGAAACAUAUAAACGUCAUCAGCAAGAAAGGAUUUAAAUUAUAAAUGACUAUGACACCAUCUGUUAUCAUUGACGUUAUCUAACGCAUUUUUAUAUACCUUUUUGUAUUUUCCCCAGACAGUUCUGUUUUACGCCUGUGAUAGUAAUUUUCUAUCAUUUCGCAAUAAACCAGUUAACUUUCGUUUUUUAGACAGAGAUCGAUUAUUCACAACCCUGUUUGUUAAUCGAGAAUAAAUUGAGUGUUCGAUAUACCGAUGGAGAAAAGUUACUAAAGAACAUACUAAUCAAGGAAAUUACUAAAAUUAAUUCUUAAUAAUUUAUUGGGAAUGAUUUUGUGUUACCAUCAAAACACGGAUCCAUUGAAAUUCGGAGUAAUCAAGAAUAAGAUAUAACAAAUAUAAUUUCAAGUGGUGAUUUAAAGGCCUACUGUAAAUAUGAAAUCAAGUUUUAUUCACGUACUUGAAGUGAACGGAUACAACGGAAGCUACAUAUCAAAAUAUGAACGUUAUGAUUGAAAGAGACUCUCUCUCCUCUUUACUCUUAGGAUAAAUGCUGUGAUUCUGUGAUUCCGGCGUCUUAUUUAUUGUAAACUGCUAAUUCUGGGAUUUCAAAAUCCCUAUGUAACUUUGUUUUAUAAGAUCAAUUAUGCUUAGAAGCUCAUUAGAUGAUAUUUUCUUUCCAUUAAAAACAACAAAAUGUUUAUGAAA